UUGUGUCCACCAUGUUUUCAUUGCUCCCAAAUGUUUGCCCGUAAAAUCCAGGCUGCCUUUAGGAAACACCGGAAUUUUAGAGUUCAACGUUUGAAAAGACAAAUUCGAGUGGGAAUAGAAGCAACACGUCGGAAGAUGGUUGUCGUUUUUAAAGGCCAUGCAGGCAAGACGCUUCUUCAGGCGAAACUUAUCAAAAAGACACAAAACCCAUGUUAGACACAGAUGGUUUGAGGAUUUUAUCAGUAUUUACCGCAUAUAAAUGCUUAGUAUCGCGUGUUUAUGCGUUCUUUCACCUACAACUAUUAAUGCUGCGUUUCCCCGGGCACAAAUCUUUUUUUCCGGCGUAUACGCUUUGACAAAAACAAUGUGGAAUAAGUGGGUGUCAUAAAUGCAAUUUAGAACGAGUAGAUUCUGAGAUUUGGAGCAGUGUUUGAAUGCAGCGUCGUAAGAGCAGGCGGUAACUGGUCUGCGCUCGAUACAACCCUAAACUGCAGACCUCGACAGGUACGCUACCUCCUCUGUAUACUCAGCCAGCGCGGCCUCUACGAGUGCUGGAUCAAAAAUAGUUAAAUAGUAGCAAACCAGCAUCGACCGCAGCCAUGGCGGCUGAGACCGAAAAGGUAGAGCCGGCGGACAGCGAACAAGACGAAGAAGAAGAUGUAUACGAAGUGGAGAGGAUCAUUGACAUGCGGGUGGAAGAGGGCGAAGUGCUCUACAGAGUUCGCUGGAAGAAUUACUGCUCUGAUGAUGACACGUGGGAGCCAGAGGCCCAUUUAGAGGACUGUGGCGAAGUCCUCUUAGCUUUCAAGAAAUCCUUAGCUGAUGCUAAAAUCAGGAAAGAAGCUGAAACCAAGAAGAGUGUGAAACUGCUGCCAACAAAGAGUGAUGUCUUUGAUGCUGACUCAGAGAGUGACAGCGAGAAAGACCGUCCAACUGAGCCACCCAUAAAGAAGAAGAAAAAGAAAAAGAUCCAGGAAGUAGAAGAGGAACCACCUCCAAAGGACAAAAAGAAGAAGAAGAAAAAAGACAAACGGAAGGAUGACAUCAGGCCUCUACCUGCACCAGAGACAGAUGAUGAAGAAGAAGAAGAGGAAGAGAGAGCCCUGACUUCACCCUCUCCUCCCAAGGAGAAAAAGACUGAAUCCAAAAAGCGACUGGUUGACUCUGAAGAUGAGGAUGACGAGCCUCUUCCCUCCAAAAAACACAAGAAGGAAAAGGGAAAAGAUGGAGGAAAGCAUAAGAAAGAGAAGGGAGAAGAAGGGAAGAAAAAGAAGGGGAAGAAGGAACGAAAGAUUGAAACCUCUGACGAUGAGGCCACAGCACCUCUGGAGGAUGACCUGAGUGAAAGCCUGUCAGAGUUUCACACAGAUGAUACUACAUUUACAGAGACUGUAACAAAGUUGGCUGAAAAGGCACGUUUGGAUGACAAGUUCAAACAAAAGAAAGGGAAGUGGGAAGUAAAGCUGCUAGGCAUUAAGGACCUUGUCCAUGACAAAAAGGGCAAAAGGUCAGAUGCCACCCAGAAAGAGAGAGCCUCUAAGGAGGAGGCUGCCCCACACUCAGACUCCAGUGAUAGCUCAACCUUACAUAAGAAGGCUAAGAGUAAAGGCCAGGAGGGCACCUCAGCACCACCCAAAGUUCCGUCUUCCUCCACAUCCUCAUCAUCCUCCUCAUCCUCCAUCACAGCAGCUAGCAGCACCAAGGCUAAAGAGGAGGAAGUGGCUAAAGAUGAGGUAUUGGGACAGAAGGAUGCUACAGGCUCCACCAACCUGUUUGAGAAGUUCCUAUUAAACUGUGAGGCCAAGGACCGUGCCCCCCGCAGGCAGCCAGUUCAUCAGCCCCCUGCAGAAAAGAGCAUCAGCAAACCCACUAAGUUAAUUGGAAAGAUCGAGAAGAUCCCCAAGCAAAUCAAAGAGUCUCCAGCUCAGAAACCAGAGCCUGAGAGGACAAAGCAAACAGAAGUCGCCAGACCCAGCCAGUGUCAUGGCUUUAGCCUGGACAGCGAAGAGAGAGAAGAAACUGCAGCAAAGCCCAGGCCUGGAGAGGAUUCCCGGGAGCGGAGGGAGCGGCCAGAAGAGCCACAGAGACCUAGCUGGGAGAGGAAACCAGCAUCAGAUGACAGGAGGAAGAGGAGAGAGGACAGUGAGCCCAGACUCUUCAUGGCAUGUGAUGACAGUCAGGACACCCAGGACCCACCAGAGGCUGCUGAAAAAUCUGACAAGGGCCAAGCCACAUUAAGUCUUGGAAUGGACCUCAACCUGGACUGGAUGACUCUGGAUGACUUCCAGAAACAUCUGAAUGGAGAGGAUGAGAUACUGUCGGGUCCACCAUUAUCACCCAGUGAGUUGCGGGAUGCUGUGAAAAGUGGAGAUUACAUGACUGUAAAACUGGCACUUAAUUCCAAAGAAGACUACAACCUGGACCAAGAGGAUGUCAGUGGUAUGUCCCUGAGCAUGCUUGCAGCAGCAGGAGGGCAGGACGACAUCCUCAGGUUGCUGAUAAAGAAGGGGGUGAGAGUGAAUGGGCGACAGAAGAAUGGCACUACAGCCCUGAUGCACGCUGCUGAAAAGAAUUUUUUGACAACUGUUGCUAUCCUCUUGGAGGCGGGCUCCUACGUGAAUGCUCAGACACUGGGUGGGGAGACGGCACUGAUGAAGGCAUGCAAAAGAGGAAACGCUGAUGUAGUGCGCCUCCUGCUGGAGUAUGGAGCUGACUGCAAUAUCCUGUCCAAACAUAAGAACACAGCCAUGUACUUUGCCAAGCUCAGCAACAACCUGAUGGUGUGCGACCUCAUCAAGGACCACACCAGCAUGUUGUCCAGUGUGGCAGAGGACACCAUCCGAGCAUACUUCGAGUCUCGUCUGGUGCUGCUGGAGCCCAUCUUCAACCUUGCCUGUCACAGGCUUUGUGAGGGACCAGACUUCUGCAUGGAGUUUGGCUUCAAGCCACAGCCCCAACCAGAGGGCUCGGGAAUCCUCCUGUUCAUCUUCCACGCCAACUUCCUGAACGAGAUAACAGCCAGAUUGUGUGGACCCUGCAGUGUUCAUGCUGUGGUGCUCAACGACAAGUUCCAGCUUCCCAUCUUCCUGGACAGUCACUUCAUCUACUCCUUCAGCCCAGUUCCAGGCAUCAACAAACUGUUCAUUCGUCUAGCCGAGGCUCCAGCAGCCAAGGUCAAGCUCCUCAUCUGUGCGUACAGAGUCCAGCUGCAGUGAAGCCCUCUCUGGUCAUAUCAGCACAACAAAACACUGAAAAACCCAGCGCCACACAUCCACAUAGUGCACAGCAGCCGAAAUGCCCUGCCAUGCUCAGUGGAAGAGUUUGUUGGAUGCUUGUCUCCUCUGACGUCAGCGCACAUUCUCAAAGGCUAACACUCUUUGACGACAUCUGAAUCCUGGUCAGACCACAGCUCUGCACUGGGCUGUGUAUGAAGCAUAAGUCUAAAGGUGUGGAUUCCUGUCGCUCACAGCUUCCAGGUGCAGGGCGCAGUCAGAAACUCCCUCCUCUAUACAUUAGUAACUUCAAAAACCGUCCCGGUUCGUGCCUUUCUCCGAGCUCCACCUUCUGUCAGUGUUGUUAUGAUAGAUGUGUGUGUUCUUUGUAAACCUAGGCUGCGUGUAGACUGAUUUUUGGGGAGUGGGGGGGUGCAGUUGAAGAAAAUGAGGUUUCCAUUAUCUUUUUUUGCAUUUUCUUGGACCAAGCUAAUGCUUUCCCACUCACUUUAUCUUUGGUAACAGAUUAUUUUAGCAUUAUUUCAGUGCAUUAACCUGUGUAUUAGUGUCAACUCCACCCACACACUCACCAUGAAUGGAAAGUCAGUCAAAACCUAACUUUUUCCUAAAGUGAUAAUGGGUAGCAGAAGUCAGAUUUGGCACUGGUCUGUUGAUAAUGAAUGAAAAAUAGUUUUAUGCACAUUUCUACACGCAAGUGCGAUUUAAGUUAGCAUGUCCCACUUGCUUGCUGACCUAAAAUGACAGCAUCUGCUGGUUUCACAAGCUCACAGACCAGUUUGCCAAUUUCACAUCUCUGUGAUGUCACCUCAGAACACAAAGGUUCGCUGACUCCACUCCCGUGGGCCAAAGACACAGCACAUUUCAUCCGUAAAUUGGGUGUUACUGCCCUUUACUUGCCAACCACCUUUCUGCAGGUUAAUACACCAAAAUGAGGUGAUCUUGAAGGAUGUUCCUUUUGCCUUCCCUGCACAGAGUUGCUGUUUAUAUUUUCUGGAUUGUACAUACUCACACUAUAUAAAUGUAUAAAGUUUCAUCUGAUGACUGCAAAUAUUUUGUUGCUUUUUUGCCACUGAAUGAGUGGGUUAAGUUAUUUAGUGUGUACAGUAAAAAGCUCGGAUGGUUUUCAACAUAAGAGCUUCACAAUCACUUAACGGAUUGCUGCAGAAUUCAGACAUUUAUCUGUGGACACUGGACAGAGCAGCAGGGCUACCAUUCAAAACUCACUCUAUACUCACCUCCAGCCUUUUUCAUCAGGAUUUGAUAUGAAAGGAGACCCUCUACAGCAAGGCGGUCAGAUGUUGUGAGAGCAAGGUUUUAACUGGGUGAUAUCCUGCAGGAGCUCAGUUCAGGCCUGAAAUAUGUCUUUAAAACAUGGGAAAAUGUUGCUGAAAUGUUUCUGCAUGUUUGUCUGUGAUGCUGUCAGACUGCACAUUGAUGAUUGUGCUGUCAAAGAGGAAAAGUGAAGGAGGAACAUACCCGUUGUUGACAACUCAAUGAUAAACAUAAAUCUGUCUUGAUUUUAAUACACAGAUGGCAGUGCUUCCUGUUUUUAUUUAAAACAUUUUUGUCGUCUCAUUGACAAUACACAACACAUUACAACUACUUUGAGUAUUUUUGUAAGCGAUAAAAUAUUCAGUGCUAUUUGCAUCAAAAUGUAAUUUUUUAUUUUUGUUUUGUUUACACAGAUAACAGCUUUAGGUCUUGUGUGCAUUCAUUCUAGUGCAAAAACAGCAGCUGGUUCACAUUCAGUGCCUCAUCCAGAUGUUGCAGUCAGUAACUUGCCCUGAGCAUAUGUCUUGCAAUAAAAAUGUGUAAAUAGAGUAUAUCUUCACACUUUUCUGUGCUUAUAUCUAUUUAUCAUGCUGGAAGUUUUUAAUCCAGUGUGGAUACGUGAUCAAAUCUCCCCAAAUAAAAGAACAGAGU